AGAUACCAUGCUUAAAGAAGGUUUCUUAUGGUUUUGUGUAUGUACAGUUCAUGUACAGCUAGUAUGCUGUCUAGGAGUAAAGUAUGAAAUUGUCACAAAAGACAGGAUGCCUGCUUCGUCUGAGUUGGUAGGCCGACCAUUGAAAACUAAUGUACAGUGUGCUGCAGCCUGCACUAUUGUACAGACCUCAAAGAAUUGCGUUGGCAUCUCUUACAGGGAAACUACUGGAGAAUGCUGGAUCAUUAAACUUCAGGAUAUUCCCAAUAUGGUGACUGUAGCUGGAACCAAGACAUAUCUAAACUCAAACUACAGUUGUUUGGACAGGUGUCCGACGGAGAACGGUGAGGAAGGUACUUGCUUGAAAAAUCGAUGUACGUAUUGUGACAAUGUUUAUAAAGUUCAGGACUCCCUGACGAAACAGCCUCUUUGUACUUUUGAACGAAAUUUUUACAGCCAAGGGACUUCCAAGAGAAAUCAGCAGUCUCCCCUUGGAUGGUAUUUCAUUAAUAAAAAAUUUGCUCAAUCUGGAUUUACAUUUGAUUCACGUUGUACAGAGAGUUCAUCAUGUACAUUUAUAUUCUCCUCUACUCCUCCACCUUCAACCAUAUACUUGUACUGGAUCCAGAUGAACAGAGAUGUUUGGGAUUUGAAAACUUUUAAAGUUCAGUAUUCACCGGGCUUUUUAACAAUUCUGCUGGAUCAAGGAGAAACCUACAACAUUCCAACAUCAGGUUUUUAUUAAAAACACACUUUGCAUCUAUAGUUUGAUUGGGUGUCUGUUUGUUUGUCUGUUGGUGGCAAAUAAA